UGCGUUACUUUUCGCCCGAAAUAGACCAAAAAUGAAAUAAAAAUAACCCACCGUUCCUCUUCCAAAUCCUCUCCCAUCUCUCUUUCCCUAUUAUUCUUCAUUCUAAUAUUAACUUUGUAAAUAUCUCUAAUCACAUCAACCAGUCGACAUCUCUUUUUCUUUGGUUUUGAUUUUGGAAUCGUUUUCAGAAUUUUAAUCUUGCCUCUUUUUCUAGCAGAGCAAUGGAUGGAAAAGCUUCUCACUCUGGAUUAACUGACGCAUUUGAAUUCCUCUUGUUUGAGGAAGACCUAGAUGAUCUAAAAUCUGUUAUCUAUAAACCAAACCGGAUUACCCCAUGGAUUGAUCCCAGUGCACUAAAGCUUUCACAUCGUAUAGGAAGAGGCCCUUUUGGUGAUGUUUGGCUUGCGACUCAUUAUCAUCGUACUGAUGAUUAUGAACGAUUUCAUGAAGUUGCUGUCAAAAUGAUAUACCCUGUUAAAGAUGAUCAGAUUCAGGCUUUUCUUGCCAAGUUUGAUGAAAUGUUUUCCAAGUGCCCGGGUUCAGAAAAUGUCUGCUUUCUGCAUGGUAUUUCAAUUCAGAAUGGAAGGCUAUGCAUAGUUAUGAAGUUUUAUGAGGGAUCAGUUGGAGACAAGAUGGCUCGUCUUAAAGGAGGGAAACUUUCAUUAUCUGAUGUUUUGAGAUAUGGUACUGAUAUAGCUCAAGGCGUAUUGGAACUCCACUCAAGAGGAAUUCUAGUCCUCAAUCUAAAACCAAGCAACUUUCUCCUUGAUGAACACGAUCAAGCAAUUCUAGGAGACUUUGGAAUCCCAUACUUGCUACUUGGGCUUUCUUUGCCGAACCCCGAUUUAGUUCAAUCAACCGGAACCCUGAACUACAUGGCUCCUGAACAGUGGCAGCCGGACACUAGAGGUCCCCUUUCUUUUGAGACAGAUUCUUGGGGUUUUGGAUGCAGUAUUUUGGAGAUGUUGAGUGGCAAUCAACCGUGGCGUAGUAAGUCACCAACUGAGAUCCAUAACUUGGUUGUAAUAAAUCAAGAAAAGCCCCAAAUUCCAAGUGGAUUGCCUCCUCAGGUUGAAAAUGUUCUUUCUGGAUGCUUUGAGUAUGACUUUCGGAAUCGUCCGCUGAUGGGAGAUAUUUUGGAGGUGUUUAAAAGUUGCAAGGAUGCAGUUUCUAAUGAUGAAGAGAGUUGGACUGAUUUAGGGAAUAAAUCUACCCAUCUCAACCUCACUGACUGGUCUCUCACAAAAGACCGUCUACAAAUUGGCGACACUGUUCGUUCAAGAAAGCCCAAGAACUGUUGCAAGCCAGAGUGCAUGAUGAUCCCUGAAGGAACCGUGGUUGGCAUAGAAACUGAUAAUGACUCCAACAGUUUCAUCUUCGUCAAGGUUCGUGGCUUUCACAAUUCUCUAAGAGUCCGUUCGUCCACAGUGGAGAGAGUAACCUUCGGUUUUUCUUCUGGUGACUGGGUAAGAGUAAAGAAUGAAGACAAAACCCGGAACUCUCCUGUAGGCAUUCUCCAUGGCAUUGAUCUUGAUGGAAAAGUGACCGUUGGGUUUAUAGGAAACUCGACUCUUUGGCAUGGUAACUAUACCGAGCUUCAAGUAGCUGAAUCUUACUGUGUUGGUCAAUUCUUGAGGAUAAAGGGUAACGUAUUGACUCCAAGGUUUGAGUGGCCUAAAAAAAGAGGAGGGAGUUGGGCAACUGGAAAAAUCUCGCAAAUUCUCCCAAAUGGUUGUCUUGUGGUGAAAUUUCCCGGACUGUUCAGAUUUGGAGAAUUAGGAUUAGGGUUUUUGGCGGACCCGGCAGAGGUGGAGAUAGUGAGCUUUAGUAACUGUGAGGGGGUUGUGAGGAAGUAUCAACAUCUUGAGAACUUCCAUUGGGCAGUGAGGCCGUUGGUUAUCGCUUUAGGUUUGUUUACAGCAUUGAAGCUUGGAUUCUUUGUAGGGAAGAAUGUGAGCAAGUCUAGGAAGAAGAACAUAGGUUGUGUUUCGGUGAAAGCAGAAGAACAGAACGAGAGCAAUCAGCAGUGGGGCUGCCAUCUUUCUGUAGCCAAUAUUCUCUUCAGAGAAGGGUAGAGAAUUUAGUGGAGCUCUCUCUGCAUGCCUGAAACUAUUUUAACUCAUGUUUAGAACCUUAAGGAAAUGCUGAUUCAACUCAGAAAAUAUAUGUAUAUAUAUAUAUUACCAAAGGGGUUUGUGGACUUUCUUGUAUGUAAAUGUUGAUUGUACUUGCAAAAUAGCCAUCUGACCAGUAGCAUCACAAACUCA